UUUGAUCAACUCUGUAGCAAGAAACAAUGGGUCCGCUUUUUCUUAGCUUCCUUCCAUUUCUCCACUCCGAGAAUUUUGAUCUCAGCUGCAACGGCGCCGUUUCUUUGCGGGGCCGCAGGUUUAAGGUAAGUUUUCUAUAAAAAAAAAAAUAAAUAAAUAAUCAAAAUUACCAUUAUACUUGUAUAGUUUGAAAAUUCCUUUAUUUUAUACACGUUUAUGAGAAGUUGUUGUUUCUAGUAAGAAUAGUCAUUUGUUGUUAUUGUUGAUGUUUCAAUCCAAAUAACCCAUUUCACAGGUAACUCUAUGACUUAAAGUUGAAUAAGACUUUAAUUUGUUUUACAUCACAGGCUUCUUGUUGGUGUUGUCUGGACCUUACAUUAUUUUCAUGUGGCCUGUUUGAAGAACGUAUGAGAACCUCUAAAACACGUUGACACCAUUAAGACUUUGAGAAAAUCAAUUAUUUGAACGUAAUCACACGUGUCAGUUUUGGACACUGACAUGUGUCGGACACCAAACACGUCUUUGAUCAGAGGUCUUGAUGCUACGGAGAUGAAAACAACUUAUGAAAUGUUCAUAAGUGUUGUAAGACUUUUUUGGAGAACUUAUGAAAACAAUUUAUGAAAUGUUGAUAAGUUGGUUUUGCUUAUGAAGACAACUUAUACAAAAACAAUUACUUAUUUACUUUGUUUUUAUCUUUUGCUAUAGAAAUAACCUUGGGGUGUUGGUUUGAGACUUUGGAGUGUGUUCUUCUGUAAGGCUCGUGUUUGAAUCCCCAAGUGUCAACAAUUCAUGUGCUGGGUCAGUUCAUACAGAGUUUUUCUGUCGCUUUAAUUGGGUCUUCCUGCUAGUAGACAGUGAGACUGGUCCCUCGAAUUAGUCGGUACUUAGGCCGGCUACCAAGUUUCAAAAAAAUUAAUUAUAUGUAAGUGCUUAUGCUAUAAGCUGCAAAUAAGUUAGUUAUCCAAACAGGGCCUUUGUCUUAAUUGAAUUUGAAAAAGACAAUGCUGUCCAUGACAGAUAGGCGUUGUCGUCAGCCAAAAAGGGGCAGGUAAAAAAAUUUAAGAAGCUUGGUAAGACAAUUGAAAAAUGAAUAUGAUACUAAAAAGUAGUAAGCAGAGAAAACCCACACAAACACAAUGAAGAACUAUAAGCUCCUAAUGGUAAUUGUCAAUUUAUCCACCAAAGUUUGCAACAUUGAUACUUUUAGUCUCUCCCUUUCCUUUUCAAUUCCAUUAUCCGUAUUACACGUAACACUAGAAGGUCUUGACUUGAAAACGAAUCAGUCAACAUUGUGUCAACAUGUGAGUAGGCUAGAUUAUACACCACAAACUUGUUGAUUUUGUUUGGAAUUUGCAACAAUUAGCAUGCAAAUAGGAAUACUUGGACUAAGUCUUCUCAAUGGAAUUUCAUAAAAGGAAAAUGAUGAAGACAAACUCCCACAAACACAAUGGAGAAGCAUAAUAAGCUGAUAAUGCUAAUGGUGUGUACUUUCUUAUUUUGCUUCAUGCCCACUUUCUCUAAACUGAACACUCUUACACCAAAUCUGUUUAUCCAAUAUAAUGAAACCCUUGUUUCUGCUGCUGGAACCUUUGAAGCAGGUUUUUUCAAUUUUGGAGAUCCACAACGCCAAUACUUUGGUAUAUGGUACAAGAACAUAUCACCAAGGACAAUUGUGUGGGUUGCCAAUAGAAAUACUCCUGUACAAAACUCAACAGCAAUGCUGAAACUCAAUGAUCAGGGAAGUCUUGUUAUUCUUGAUGGCUCCAAAGGUGUCAUCUGGAACACCAAUUCAUCAAGAAUUGUAGCGGUGAAAUCAGUUGUUGUGCAGUUGUUGGAUUCAGGAAACCUUGUUGUGAAAGAUGCAGACAGCACUCAGAACUUUUUGUGGGAAAGUUUUGAUUAUCCUGGUAACACUUUCCUUGCUGGAAUGAAGCUGAAAAGUAACUUAGUUACGGGUCCAUAUAGAUAUCUCACUUCUUGGAGAAACCCUGAUGAUCCUGCUGAAGGUGAGUGUUCAUAUAAGAUAGAUACACAUGGUUUUCCCCAACUGCUUACUGCAAAGGGGGCAAUAAUUCUGUAUAGAGCAGGGUCAUGGAAUGGAUUUCUUUUCACUGGUGUUUCUUGGCAAAGAAUGCAUAGAGUCUUGAAUUUCUCAGUAAUGUUCACUGACAAAGAAAUCUCUUACGAAUAUGAAACCUUGAACAGUUCAAUUAUUACUAGAGUGGUACUAGACCCAAAUGGAUUAUCACAACGUUUACAAUGGACAGAUAGGACACAGAAUUGGGAAGCUUUAGCGAAUCGUCCUGCAGACCAGUGUGAUGCUUAUGCCUUUUGUGGUAUCAAUUCUAACUGCAAUAUUAAUGACUUUCCAAUAUGUGAAUGUUUGGAAGGUUUCAUGCCAAAAUUUCAACCAAAGUGGGAGUCAUCAGAUUGGUCUGGUGGGUGUGUAAGGAAAACACAUUUAAAUUGUCUCCAUGGAGAUGGAUUUUUACCGUACACAAACAUGAAGUUGCCAGAUACGUCAGCAUCGUGGUUUGACAAAACCUUAAGCCUUGAGGAAUGUAAGACAAUGUGUUUGAAAAACUGUACUUGCAAUGCAUAUGCAACUUUAGAUAUCAGAGAUGAUGGGAGUGGCUGCAUACUUUGGUUUCACAACAUUGUGGACAUGAGAAAACAUCAAGACCAAGGACAAGACAUUUACAUACGGAUGGCAUCUUCAGAACUUGAUCAUAAAAAGAAUAAGCAGAAGUUGAAGCUUGCUGGGACUCUUGCAGGAGUUAUUGCAUUCACUAUAGGACUAAUAGUUCUUGUAUUGGUCACAUCAGCAUAUAAAAAGAAGAUUGGGUAUAUAAAGAAGUUAUUUCUCUGGAAGCACAAGAAGGAGAAGGAAGAUGGUGAAUUGGCUACAAUAUUUGAUUUUUCGACCAUCACUAAUGCAACAAAUAACUUCUCUGUCAGAAACAAGUUGGGAGAAGGUGGUUUUGGACCAGUGUACAAGGCCGUACUGGUAGACGGCCAAGAGAUUGCUGUUAAGAGGCUUUCUAAAACAUCGGGACAAGGAACUGAGGAGUUCAAAAAUGAAGUAAAGUUGAUGGCAACACUUCAACACCGUAAUCUUGUAAAACUUCUUGGUUGUUCUAUUCAACAAGAUGAAAAGUUGUUGAUCUACGAAUUCAUGCCCAACAGAAGCUUGGAUUGCUUUAUUUUUGAUACUACACGAAGCAAAUUACUAGAUUGGACUAAGCGUUUGGAAAUUAUUGACGGUAUUGCUCGGGGGCUGUUGUAUCUCCAUCAGGAUUCUACAUUAAGAAUCAUUCAUAGAGAUCUCAAGACAAGCAAUAUUCUUCUUGAUAUUCAUAUGAUCCCAAAGAUAUCCGAUUUUGGUUUAGCCAGAUCAUUUAUGGGAGACCAAGCUGAGGCUAAUACAAAUAGAGUGAUGGGAACUUAUGGAUAUAUGCCUCCAGAAUAUGCGGUGCAUGGGUCUUUCUCAAUAAAAUCUGAUGUUUUUAGUUUUGGAGUCGUUGUACUUGAGAUAAUUAGCGGUAGGAAGAAUCGCGGAUUUUGUGACCCUCUGCAUCAUCGAAACCUUCUUGGUCAUGCAUGGAGACUGUGGAUUGAAGGCAGGCCAGAGGAGUUAAUAGCUGACAUGUUAUACGAUGAGGCAAUAUGCUCCGAAAUAAUAAGAUUUAUUCAUGUUGGUCUAUUGUGUGUACAACAGAAACCAGAAAAUAGGCCUAACAUGUCAUCUGUGGUUUUUAUGUUAAAGGGCGAAAAGUUACUCCCAAAACCAAGUGAACCCGGGUUCUACGGAGGAAGUGAUAAUAAUAUUAAUAAUAAUACAAUCAGCACAGGAUCUUCAUCUAAAGGGUGUUCAGUAAAUGAAGCUUCAAUCUCAUUGUUAGAGGCAAGAGGAUGGUCACAAGCCAAAAAUGGGCAAGUGAAAGGUUUUAGAGGAAGCUUGAGAAUGCAGAACCAUAAUAUGGUGCUAAUGCUAAUAGUGUGUACUUUCUUAUUUUCCUCCAUGCCCGCUUUAUCUAAACUGAAAACUCUUACUCCAAAUCAGUAUAUCCAAUAUAAUGAAACCCUUGUUUCUGCUAUUGGAACCUUUGAAGCAGGAUUUUUCAAUUUUGGAGAUCCACAACGCCAAUACUUUGGUAUAUGGUAUAACAGCAUUUUACCUAGGACUGUUGUGUGGGUUGCCAAUAGAAACACCCCUGUACAAAACUCAACAGCAAUGCUGAAACUCACUGAUCAGGGAAGUCUUGUUAUUCUUGAUGGCUCCAAAGGUGACAUCUGGAACUCCAAUUCAUCAAGAACUGUGGCGGUGAAAACAGUUGUUGUGCAGUUGUUGGAUUCAGGAAACCUUGUUGUGAAAGAUGUAAACAGCACUCAGAACUUUUUGUGGGAAAGUUUUGACUAUCCUGGUGACACUUUCCUUCCUGGAAUGAAGCUGAAAAGUAACUUAGUUACUGGUCCAUAUAGAUAUCUCACAUCAUGGAGAAGCCCUCAAGAUCCUGCUGAAGGUGAGUGUUCGUAUAAGAUAGAUACACAUGGUUUUCCUCAACUGGUUACUGCAAACGGGGCAAUAUUUCUGUAUAGAGCAGGGUCAUGGAAUGGAUUUCUUUUCACUGGUGUUUCUUGGCAAAGAGUGCAUAGAGUCAUGAAUUUCUCUGUAAUAUUCACUGACAAAGAAAUCUCUUACCAAUAUGAAACUUUGAGCAGUUCAAUUAUUACUAGAGUCGUGCUAGACCCAAAUGGAAUAUCACAACGCUUACAAUGGACAGAUAAGACACAGGAUUGGGCGGCUUUAGCCAAACGUCCUGCAGACCAGUGUGAUGCUUAUACCUUUUGUGGUAUCAAUUCUAACUGCAAUAUGAAUGACUUUCCAAUAUGUGUAUGUUUGGAAGGUUUCAGGCCAAAAUUUCAACUGAAGUGGGAGGCAUCAGAUUGGUCUGGUGGGUGCGUAAGGAAAACACAUUUAAAUUGUCUCCAUGGAGAUGGAUUUUUACCGUACACAAACAUGAAGUUACCAGAUACAUCAUCAUCAUGGUAUAACAAGAUCUUGAGCCUUGAGGAAUGUAAGACAAUGUGUUUGAAAAACUGUUCUUGUUCUGCAUAUGCAACUUUAGAUAUCAGAUAUGGUAGUGGCUGCUUACUCUGGUUUGACGACAUUGUUGACAUGAGAAUACAUCAAGACCAAGGACAAGACAUUUACAUACGGCUGGCAUCUUCAGAACUUGAUCAUAAAAAGAAUAAGCAGAAAUUGAAGCUUGCUGGGACUCUUGCAGGAGUUGUUGCAUUCAUUAUAGGACUAAACGUUCUUGUAUUGGUCACAUCAGUGUAUAGAAAGAAGCUUGGGCAUAUAAAAAAGUUAUUUCUCUGGAAGCACAAGAAGGAGAAGGAAGAUGGUGAAUUGGCUACAAUCUUUGAUUUUUCGACCAUCACUAAUGCAACAAAUAACUUCUCUGUCAGAAACAAGUUGGGAGAAGGUGGUUUUGGACCAGUGUACAAGGGCGUAAUGGUAGACGGCCAAGAGAUUGCUGUUAAGAGGCUUUCUAAAACAUCAGGACAAGGAACUGAGGAGUUCAAAAAUGAAGUAAAGUUGAUGGCAACACUUCAACACCGUAAUCUUGUAAAACUUCUUGGUUGUUCUAUUCAACAAGAUGAAAAGAUGUUGAUCUACGAAUUCAUGCCCAACAGAAGCUUGGAUUUCUUUAUUUUUGAUACUACGCGAAGCAAAUUACUAGAUUGGACUAAGCGUUUGGAAAUUAUUGAUGGUAUUGCUCGGGGGCUGCUGUAUCUCCAUCAGGAUUCUACAUUAAGAAUCAUUCAUAGAGAUCUCAAGACAAGCAAUAUUCUUCUUGAUAUUGAUAUGAUCCCAAAGAUAUCCGAUUUCGGUUUAGUCAGAUCAUUCAUUGGAGAGCAAGCUGAGGCUAAUACAAAUAGAGUGAUGGGAACAUAUGGAUAUAUGCCUCCAGAAUAUGCGGUGCAUGGGUCUUUCUCAAUAAAAUCUGAUGUUUUUAGUUUUGGAGUCGUUGUACUUGAGAUAAUUAGCGGUAGGAAGAAUCGCGGAUUUCGUGACCCUCUUCAUCGUCUAAACCUUCUUGGUCAUGCAUGGAAAUUGUGGAUUGAAGGCAGGCCAGAGGAGUUAAUGGCUGACAUAUUAUAUGAUGAGGCAAUGUGUUCAGAAAUAAUAAGAUUUAUUCAUGUUGGUCUAUUGUGUGUGCAACAGCUACCGGAAAAUAGGCCUAACAUGUCAUCGGUGGUUUUUAUGUUAAAGGGCGAAAAGUUACUUCCGAAACCAAGUGAACCCGGGUUCUACGGAGGAAGAGAUAAUGAUAUUAAUAAUAAUACAAUCAGCACAGGAUCUUCAUCUAAAGGGUGUUCAGUAAAUGAAGCUUCAAUCUCAUUGUUAGAGGCAAGAUAGAGUGUGACUGUGAUACUUGUAUGGAUGAAAUACUGUUAAAAAUGUGCUGAAGAAUUUGGUUUUUAUAUAUAUGAGUAAUUUUGUGUUAGUAUGGUUCAGUGAUUCUAAAUAAAUUCCUGUUGUAAAAGCAAAGUUUCAACUGGUAUUAUAAAGGUCAAAUACCUCGUGCAAUCCUUUAAGUUAGAUGUUUAUAACAAAUUAGUCUUUUAA